UCAGUUUUAUCGACCCUCGCACGCCCACACCACAGUACCACACCGAGGCAGACAGCAGCUCCAUGGCCGCCGGCGAUCCCUCCGCCGCCGCCACCAGCGACGCUCCCGCCACUGUCUCCUCCGCAGCUUCGUACCCCGACCGCCUCCGCGAAGCACUCGCCGAACUCUCCCAGGCAUGCGACUCCGGCAUCUCCGAUGCUUCCGAAGCCGCCUCUUUCACCAUCUCCGACAUUCUUGACGCCGCCGCCGCCGGUAUGAGUGCCGAGGCCGAUGACGGAAGCGACGACGACGACGACACGGCGGCGGCCAGUGUCUAUGAGGAGCUGCUCCGCGAGGUGCACGAGUUCCUCUGUCGCUCGUCAUCGAACCAGAUGGCCAUUGACGCACUCUCGCUUGUUCUUCCCAUACCCGUGGCGAAGCUGGGGGCUCAAACGGUAUGCUGGGACAUUGCCGCCGCUAUCCUUAAGUUCCUCGUGACGAAUUGCAGUCCGAGGGACUUGCUCUCCAUCCUCUGCGAGGCAUUAGAUGCGCCAAUGGAGCUACCAAAUUGCUCAUCCAGCUUCGUUCUUCUACUCAAUGCACUUACUGAAGUGCUUACUUUAAUUCAGAGGCGACAUAUCGAGCAAGUAAAAGUGGUACUUCCUGCUGUCCUUAAAGUUAUGAGUGCUACUGUAUCUGAAUGUGAUGAGGAACAUGGAAAGGCUGCUGUUGAUCUCUUCAAUGCAGCACAUGGAAUUGGCAAUGCCAUUCAAGAAAUGUGCAAACAAAUGGUCAACAAGAACAAAGAAGACCUCUGUGCAAUUCUUGGCUUAUACUCACUUCAGAGUAUAGCUCUUGUAUCACGAAGCAGACAGCAGGAUAUUCUCUCUGCUUGCGGUUCAGUUGUUCUUCAGCAUUUCAGAUUUCUUAAAUCUAGUGGGUUCACCUAUCUCGGUCUACUAACUGGUAGUGAUGCCUCAACAGCCACUGAUAAGCUUUCCAAAGAGGAAGAUGCUGAUUUUUUGGAGUGUUUUUCCUUUGCUAUGGAUGGUGCUGCGCUUACAGUUGUGUGGACAUAUAUGUUUGAUGAUAUGUCAAAGUAUGCUGGAGAAGAGUUGGAAUUAGCACUGAAGGAAGUUCAGAGCAACCAUAUGAAGAAAUGGGAAUCAAUUAACAUGCUUAAAUCUGUCCUAUCCUCAAUUAGCUACCCAUGGAUAAUCAAAUCCCACAGUAUAAACUUAUUGCUCAGUCUAGCUGGUGAAAAUCAUGUUGAAGAAACUGAUAAUCAUGUAGAUUUCACCUCUUAUGCUCCUCGUAUUUUUGCAACACUCAAGGCCAUUGAAAGCGUCAUGAUGGCUGCUCCUGAGGCAUUGAUGCGUAAAAAAGCAUUUGCUGCUUUGAAAAAGGUUAUUUCAAUGGUGCCCUCAUCUCAGAGAUUUGACAUCUUACAAGCUCUUGUAAACAAUAGCAUGUCGCCAUCCUUGACUGCGAUUCUCCUAGAUAUAGUGAGGGAAGAAGUUUCAAGAGAAAGUUGUCAAGCGAACAAUGAUCGUGUUGAAUCUGAUGGAUUUCAAGAUCAUGGGGAAUCGCCACCUUGGACUUCUCAUGUGCUUGAGUUACUCGAGCUGAUUUUGAGGCCUCCACAAGGUGGCCCUCCUUGCCUUCCUGAUCACUGUGAACAGGUAAUAUCAGCUCUGAACUUGCUCAGAUUUAUUCUGAUAAUAGAUUCAAGAGGACCAAGAUCAGGAAAAUUGUUCCAGAAAGAGACUUUGCACAAGGUGCACUCGGAGUGGCUGAUCCCAUUAAGACCAAUUGUCACAGGGAUUCAGUCAGAGAACGAAAAGGAUGAUAGUGAGAUUGCAAAUCAGAUCGUGUGCUCAGUAAAUCCUGUUCAACUGGUGUUGUACCGCUGCAUUGAGUUGGUGGAGGAAAAGAUGAAAAGUUUCUAAUGUUUUCGGUUUCCACUCUUUCCUUACAGUACCAACCGCAGUAUUGAGUAGGUGGUGAGGAUGAAAAGAUCUUGAGGGUUCAAACUCCAUCAUUUGUCUUGUGGUCUCAGUGCUUUUCAGGCCCUUUGCUAGCAUGGUUUUCCUUGAAAAUUUAUUUAAUAUGCGUUUGGCAGAGCUCCCAGAGCUGAUUCUCCAUCGAAUCCAGCAGGAGUUCUGCCAAACAGUUUUUUAGAGAGAAGUGAUCUUUUGUUGCUUCUGUGAAAUGAUUCUCUGAAAUGAACUAAGAAGCUAGGAGUUGAAAAAAAA